UGUGGCAGUCUAGCGGCGGUCCCUGCCAGUUUCAAAUUGGAAUGGGUUGAGCGAGCGGGUGAGUGAGUGAGAAAGAAGGAAAAGAGUUUUUAAGUCUUCGUUAUGGAUUGAACGGAUGGUCUGGGGCCAAAGGGGAAUAUAGGCAGAAAAAAUAUAGCAUAAAGGAGGGAAAAUAGGGGGAAAGGAGGAGAAGUAUAAGCAAGAAGUUGGAAGGAGAAAUUGAGAAGGGGAAGAGAGACGAGCCCCCGUUUUUCACUUGAUUUUCAUCUGUUUCCUUCAGUUCAAGUUUGGCGGGGGACUGGAAUGGAGCAAGGCGAGUGAAAUGAAAGGAUUGAUAAAAUAAGGAAGGGGUUAUGCAAGAAUCUGUUGUGUGCAGAAAGUUGACACGACACACCGAGAUGUGCAUGGCUUGUUUGGUGACAGAUUCAUCGUAUUUUUAUGGUGAAGUGAACCUGUAAUCAAUGACGGUGGAAUGUGUAGAAUAUUAGACAGUGAUAUAUAUUGAAUUUUAAUUUCCCGUAUCAGUAAUUUGGGACGGUUUAUUAUAGCAGUGCCUAUACCUGAAGUAGGCCUUAAUUAAUUAAUUAAUUCAGUACAUGAUGUGUGAAUGUGAAAAUGUACAGUGGUAUGACGCAAUUCAUUCCAGUUUGUUGGAUACUUGCGAAGUGGUUAUGUGACAUGUGGUGCUAGCUGUGGAUCGCUCCCGGCAUGCCCUAACUUUGCUAAAAGUGCAUGUUCCGAUGUUCAUCUGGCUCCUCAGGUCGUCUUUCGCUUGGAAUAACUGACCAUUCAGCAAUACAGCUAACUAGUUUGUCAACUAUUGUAAUCAAUCAACAGUGCAGGUCAGUACAUCUAUGGCUGAGAUUGCGACCAAGGUGGGUUGGAGCCUGGGGUAGUUUUCGAUAUAUCCAAGGACCAAUGUGUAUGGCCGAAAUGAUGUUUAGUGAUGGUCGCUAGUAAACAUGUGUUGGCUGACACGCUGUAUUGCCAGAAGGAUGCCUUGAAGCGGUCGUCACAGCGCUGCACAAGCUGCAGUGAUGUCAACGUUAACCUCUCCACCUCCCCCUUCCACUGGAGGGCCAUCGGGGCCGGCGUACAGUAGCCUGCAAGAUGCGAUCUGUCGGCAAGUGGAAGAACCUUCAGAAGGAACGCGCUGCCACGGCUCCGGAGACGAUGAUGACGAUGUCCCUCCGAGCCCAGAAGGUCGUACAGUGGACGCCAUGUUGUCAACAUCUGUACACCAUCAACAAAAUGGUGACGACGAUGGCGACUCAGUUACCUCUGCUGAUAAACAGGAUGAGUUUUCUACAACUGAAGAACGAAGUAAUUAUGAGGCCAUGAUGGGACAAGAUUAUGACGAGGAAAUGUCGGAUUUAGAAACUGAGGAAGAUGAGAAUGAGAAUGAUUCAGAAGUUAUAAAUUGUGUAAGUGAGGAUAAUACUAGUUCAGAUAUCACCAUGGCAACAACGACUGUUACGUCAUCAACGGCUAUCAUUUUAAAUCAACCACCUAAGAGGAACAAACGUAAAAACUUUGAACCCCGUAAUAUUUCUUUAUACACAGGUGAAGAUAAUGACGCUGGCGACAAGACAUGUCAGGCAGACGGUGGCGAUGAAUGCGAUAGUGACCUAGACAUGGAAGUAGAUGAAAAUGAAGAAGAUAACGACAGGGUGUUGCAUAAACCUUUAGAUCUUAGUGAAAAUUCUGUUCCACCCUCAUCACCCCAGCUUCAAAUAAAUUCAAAUACUAGCGGUAAAAGGAGACGAAAGCCAGUGAUAGCGCCUCAGAGGCGUUUGAAUCAGUCAAAUGUGUCUUCCGGUCUUGUGAUGGGUGCGCCGAUGGAUCUGAGUUACACUCGCAGCGUCCACAGUGAAAACAACGACGAAUCGUGUGGGGAAGAGGGCGACGAACAAAAUAACAGUGAUUCCGGUUCCGGUGGUGGUGACGAUCAAGCUAGCGAAACUAGGGGUGAAAAUCGACACCACCACCGAAGUGUCUUGCAUAUCUUAAAUAAUACAAAUCCGACUGAAGGCCACGUUUUAGCAAAUGAAAGACUUUAUCAUCAAAGACAUUAUAUUGAUAGUAAUGGUACAAGUUAUCAUCACUUAAAUAAUCAUCACAAUCAGCAGACAUUAUCUGGAGAUAGAAUAAGUUAUUCUCCAAAUUCACAGCAUCGAGGCAGUGACUCUCGACAGCAGUGCUCGCCUCUGAGCAGUCUCCAGCAUGCUGCGCAGUCUUUGGGCUUUCAUCACCAUUUCCCUCCCGGCCUGACUGCAGAGCAACUUCAUCAUUAUCACCAUCAUCAUCAUCCUCAUCAUCAGGGCACGGAUGCCUCUGCCAUGAAGGAGUAUGCAGAGAAUACGAUGAAAGAAUUACUUAGCAUAUACGGUCUGAACAGUCCGGACAUGGCCGAAACCAUCACCAAGAACGUCCCUAUUGCAAACUUCUCCUCUG